GUACCGUCCGUUAUUGGACUUCAAAGCUUCAGCGUUAACCUCGACCAUCCAUACUGCGCUCAUCGGUGAGCGCGACGUGUACAUAUCUCGGAAUCACAUUUUGACCUGUUUCGCACCAGGUCCACACUCCGAGCUGGAGGCACUUCACAAUUUCUAUAAUGGACCAUGAUGAAAACGAACCGGUGCUCGACCUCUCAGAUGUCGUACACGAUGAGCCUUUGGGCUCUGAUGAUGAACAGAUCCAUAGUGGAGAUGAGGUCGACGUGCACGCCCCUUCCUCAUUCUCUGAUUCAUCACACCACGAACAUUCGCCACACAGUGGCGUGCCCCUUUCCCUCGACCCGUCAGUGUCUCCCGAGCACUUCUCAGUAGAAAUGCUGGAGCGCGAAAUCGCCAGUCUCCUUCACCAGAAUGCGACGGCUGCAUCUGCUGCACUCCUGAGUGCCGCCGCCCAGCAGCGCCAAGCACAAAACGAGCACGAGCGCGAUUCCCCCAUUCAGGAUUCCGCUCCAGAUGAUACACAGAAAGUCAGCGAUACUACAACUGCUGGUGAUACUAUUUCUAGUCUUGGUCUUAAUCUUCGCAGUAUCACAGCCAUGCUGCAAGCAGCACACGCGCAGGCUUCAUCCCACGAGCGCCGUGCUGAAUCAUUGAAGCUCCACGACGCGGAGCUUGAGCAUGGUCUGCGUACCACGCGCACUGCCCCCGCGUUCCAUUCUCUAACGGCUGGCGAUGCUGAUGACUAUAUUGUGGAUGGUCCUCGAGAAUUGGGGCCUCGGGACUUGGACCUCCUCUACCCCACUCAAGAGAUAAGGAAUGACGAACAUAAUGACGACCGAAAUGGGAAUGACGCUGUAUGUUCCCCACAACACAAACCUCGGACGGAUGUACCAGACGCCCACGAAGGCGUGCCUGGAGAAUUCAAUGAUAUCAGUGACAUAUUGAAUCAUCUUUCAUCACACUUUGAGACCGAAACAGAAACGGAUCCCACUCACGGACAUCUUCAGGCACCAUCGACCGAAAGUACUUCUCCCAUAUCUCGUUCUCGUACCACGCCUGCCCAGUCACCCGUGCGCUCUAGCCAGCAUCUACCCAGUCCAUCGCGCCCCACUCCACAACCCAUUGCUUCUACAUCGACAGUACCAAAGAAGUCUCCCGAAGGCAAGAAGUCAAAGAAGGGGAAGGAUAAAGAUAAGGAGCAAAAUGGCGAAAAGGAAAAGGCAAUAAAUAUACAUGCCUGUGAAGAACCACUAUGUCGCAAGACAUUCACCCGAAGGAGCGAUCUCGCGAGGCACAUGCGGAUCCAUACUGGCGAACGACCGUUUGUUUGUAACCAUGGCGGAUGUGGAAAGACAUUCAUUCAGCGAUCUGCAUUACACGUUCAUCAACGGGUACACACAGGCGAGAAACCGCAUUCUUGCGAAUAUCCAGGGUGUGGAAAGACUUUCGGGGAUUCGAGCAGUCUCGCACGGCACCGGCGAACACACACAGGAAAACGACCCUACAAGUGCGAAGAUCCAGAGUGCGAGAAAACGUUUACACGUCGCACGACGCUCACCCAGCAUAUGCGAACUCACGAUCCAACAUGGGAACCAGAUCCUAACAUAAAAUACAAUUUCAAAGCCAAGAAACAAAAGGUUUCUGAUACAACAGAAGAUCUCGAGCUAGAAGAAUCAGUGCGCACUAUUUCUGCGCUAUUCUCGCAGACUGGGGGCGUCGCAACCAGGCCCUUGGCGGCUAUUGCACCGGGUGAGCCACUUGAAGCCAGAGUGGCAAGUAUCAGUGCAGAGAUCGCUGCUGCAAUUGCCCAGGCAUCUUCACGAGCGCUGGACGAGGACGAAGAUGAAAUGGAGGAAGAAGAGGGGGUUGACGAUGAUGAUGGAUGGUGCUCUGGGCAUGAGAUUGGGAGACCUGAGAGCAUAGUGCCCAAUACGAGCGGGAUCAGAGGCAGUGGUAGUGAUGACAAUGGUGGGAAGGGUAUUGCAGGCGUGGAAGACAACGAUGAGGACAGUGACACUUUUCCUAUCCCACUACGGACACGCAAGGGUAAGGAACCGGUUUCUUUGGUAGGAAUCAAGAGGAAACGAUGAUCAAGCUCCUGUCGGC